AACGCUGACAAGUCUAUUCGCACUCAAAGUUGUUGUUGAGGGAAAAUAUUUAUUGGACCAUUUUGAUUUGGACUGGUACAUUUUUAUUUCCGUUGUCUCGAUAUGGAACGAUAAACACUUACGGGCGUUACCUCCGUUGAGUGAAAUGAACAGUUGCAUGACAAUCAUGGCCCUGCGAUCACCACGUCGUAUUUGUUUUCAACUGAAGCAGACACACAGUAUUUUCUCUGUCAGUUCGGUUCGACGACUAUCAAAAAAUGAUGGAUGGAAUGAAGAAAACAAUUCAAGUCGAUCGCCAGAUGAAGGACAUCAGACGUUUAAAUCGAAAUGGAUGGCCUCGGCUGGUGUCCUUGCCGCUGUCGGUGCCGGUAUUCUGUGGAAUUACAGUGACGACGAAAGCCGGUCAUUCAAACUGUUCUCAACCGUAUCGGCGGCACGACCCACAGAUGGAUCAGAUUCUGGCUCUGGUACUCCUCGACAAAGGUUCAACUUUGUAGCUGAUGUUGUAGACAUAGUUGCCCCAAGUGUUGUGAGUUUACAUACAUCUCAUGUUGUUGGCGGUUACCAAGAGAUCAGUGCAGCUUCCGGAUUUAUUGUGUCAUCGGAUGGACUUAUUGUCACAAACGCUCAUGCAGUGUACAACAAAGCGGCUAUCCAAGUGACUGUUCUUGAUGGGCGUGUUUUUGAAGGAAGAGUAGUAUCCAUUAAUCCAAAGAUUGAUCUAGCAACAAUCAGAAUUCCAGCUAAAAAUUUACCUGUUCUGAAACUGGGCUCAUCAGACACUUUGCGUCCAGGUGAAUGGGUAAUAUCCAUAGGUAGCCCAGCUGGCCUGUCCAACUCUGUUUCCUGUGGGGUUGUUAGCACAGUUGGAAGGAAAAGCACAGAGUUACGACUUCCAUCUGAAGAGAUGGAAUAUAUCCAGACAGAUGCUCCGAUCAAUCAAGGGAAUUCUGGAGGACCUUUAGUAAAUCUGGAUGGAGAGGCUGUUGGAGUUAAUUCUAUGAAGUUAUUGCAUGGUAUUUCUUUUGCAAUUCCUAGUAAUGUUGUGAAGGAUUUUUUGGAGGAUCCAAACAAAGUUCACAAACCAUCUCAGAAGAAGGACAAAAAUUCUGCCAGGAGCAUUGGAAUUACAUGUCUUUCCCUCACUCCUUAUUUGAGAUCUGAACUUGAAAAGCACUUCAAGUUUCCCAUAAAAGCUUCAGCAGGCGUUUAUGUUGUUGAUGUUCAUGCACUCUCUCCUGCUAUGCGUGCUAAUCUCAGGCCCGGGGACAUAAUUGUAGCUGUCAACAAUAACCCUGUUCGGUCCACAGAUCAGCUGUAUGAAGCAACCAUUGACAAUUCCGUAUUAUUUCUCACUGUUCUUAGGGGGGAAAUGAAACUCGGACUGAAAAUUGAUUUAGAUUAAGUAUACAAAUUUGUUUGAUGUUGUAUAUUUGCUGUUUUAUACGUAUUUUUAACUAAUAAAAAAAGAAGAGCACAGUGUUUGUAAUAUUUCGUGUGAUAAUAACAUAGAAUAAAUAAUAUUGAAUAAAGAGUGA